UUUUUUCUUUUUAAUAUAAAUCAACCAAAUGCAAUAAAAAACACAAAUUGGUCAAAACACAGGUCUUCUUUGGUGUUGUUAUUACUAUAAAUUAGACAUCAGGGUAUAUAUAUAUAUGUAUAUACACGGCAACUAUAAUAAUAAUAAUAGUAGUAGUAGUAAUAAUAAUAAUUAUUAUUAUGUUUUACUUUCAAGAAUUUGACAGCGACCGGAAGUCUUUAGCCCCCUCUCUCUCCCUCUCUCUCUCUCCUCUUUUGCCUUCACUUGUUUCACGGUUCGGUCCAACAUGGCGGCAGACGGAUGGAAAUACUGAUGACAGUCCGAAAGAUCGCCUCGAUUUGUACGAUGGGCGCCAAUGCCUCUGCUCUGGAAAAGGAGAUUGGACCGGAACAGUUUCCCGUGAAUGAACACUACUUUGGACUGGUCAAUUUUGGAAACACCUGCUACUGUAACUCAGUGCUGCAGGCUCUGUACUUCUGUCGACCCUUCAGAGAAAAGGUCUUGGCCUAUAAGGUUCAGCCUCGGCGUAAAGAGUCUCUCCUCACGUGCUUGGCCGAUCUUUUUAACAGCAUUGCUACGCAGAAGAAAAAAGUUGGUGUCAUUCCUCCAAAGAAAUUCAUCUCUCGGCUCCGAAAAGAAAAUGAGCUCUUUGACAACUACAUGCAGCAGGACGCACAUGAGUUCCUCAACUACCUGCUCAACACCAUCGCUGACCUGCUGCAGGAGGAGAAGAGUCAGGAGAGGCAGCAGAACGGGAAAGUGCUGCAUAAUGGAGGAGGAGGAGGAGGAAGUGAGGAAAAAGGCGGAGGGAACGAGGGAGAAGGAGGGAAGGAGACGCAGCAGACAUGGGUCCAUGAGAUCUUUCAAGGGACGCUGACCAAUGAGACACGGUGUCUCAACUGUGAAGCUGUGAGCAGCAAAGACGAGGACUUCCUGGAUCUUUCUGUAGACGUGGAGCAGAACACCUCCAUCACUCACUGUCUCAGAGGCUUCAGUAACACAGAGACUUUGUGCAGUGAAUAUAAAUAUUACUGUGAGCAGUGUCGCAGCAAACAGGAGGCUCAGAAAAGGAUGAGGGUGAAGAAGCUGCCCAUGAUCCUGGCUCUGCACCUCAAACGCUUUAAGUACAUGGACCAGCUGCACCGCUACACCAAACUGUCCUAUCGUGUGGUCUUCCCUCUGGAGCUCCGCCUCUUCAACACGUCUGGGGACGCCACCAACCCCGACCGCAUGUACGACCUGGUGGCUGUGGUGGUGCACUGUGGCAGUGGUCCGAACCGCGGACACUACAUCACCAUUGUUAAGAGCCACGGUUUCUGGCUGCUGUUUGAUGACGACAUCGUAGAGAAAAUCGAUGCUCAGGCCAUUGAGGAAUUCUAUGGUCUGACCUCAGAUAUUUCCAAGAAUUCUGAGUCAGGAUACAUCCUGUUCUACCAGUCCAGAGACUGAAGGGGCCCAUACUCAUCCCUCACGUCAGUCUGCAGAUCAGCAUAAAAGGGGAGGGGCUUGUGGCUGCUACCAGCUCUGCCCAGCACCUUGACCUGAGGGUCCAGGUUGUUUACUUCCUGUAGGCGGAGUUUUCCUCAAAGCUAACCUUCUGGACCCACAGGCUGUGGAGUGGAGUUUUACAGGAACACCAGGACGACGUCCGGAUGCUGGCUGUGCACUUAAGCCUGGAGCCACUGAGCAAGGCUAAUGUAAGAAGCUAACAUCCAUGAGAGAGAGAUGGACCAAUCAGCUGUCUCUGAUGAGUCUCAGAAGAAACUCCAGCCUGAGGACACCACCACCAUCAUCGUGAUUAUCUCCGUCAUCAUCACUGUUAGCAUUUGUCCUCUACAUAUUCAACUGUGCUUCAUUAGCUUUUACCAUUAGCUCUACACUAGCACACUCACAAAUACCUAACAACAUAGUAUAAACAUCUAAACAAAUAUUCUGCUAACAGAAAGUUUCAAACAGACCUUAUCGCCACUUCACUUUAACUAAUCACAGCGAGGGUUUGCCUGUUUUAUUCUUGAUUUUCAGCUAACCUUUAGCAUUCUGUUGCUGUUACCUAAAACAAUGUCCUGUGGAGACAGAAAGUCGACAAGAAGAGUCGGCAAGAAAGAAACACUGCUGUCAAAGCCAAACCAUUAGCUUUAGCAACAUUAGCUGAACAGCUAAAAGAGUCGACUUGUACUUCCAAAAAUCUUCCCACUGAACAGAUAGUUUUGUUACUUAGGAUUUUUUCUUCUUUCAAACGUAUCAAACUAUGUAAUACUCUGAAACUCAAAACAACCCAAACAGUGAGCCUUAACAUGACUGACAAUCUUGUUAGCUUAAGCCAGUUAGCUGCUUAGUCACACGGGAAAGUCACUUUUGGUUCUUAAGUGUCUUUAUCGGCCAUUAUCAGUCCUUUAAUUUUGUUUUUUUUCCAAGGUGUCAGGAACAGCUCCUGCACAAAGGUCACUACCUUGAACUUUUUGAAUGUUUGUUGUGUUGAUUGUGUUAAACAUUUAAGCUAACCAUCACUAACAUCUAUUUUAGUCAAGUCUCUUGUUAUCAGCUGCUAAUCGUUAGCUCACCUUCCGGUUGUAACAUCUUCCCUGUAGCUUCAGCUCUAUUCAACACAAACUGAUGCUUGUCAACUCACUUUGAUGACUGACUUGAAAGAAUGCAAACUGUAGUUCCUUCGUUGUUCAAUGACUGACAUGUUCUGCAGAAAAGUUACAUUUUGAUCAAAUGUAGGGAUUUUUUUUGUUGAUUAAAACAAUAUCUUUGUUACAUUUAUAGAAACACACAUUUACAUUUUCUGAAGGUUGAUUCACUUUUUUUCUCAUCACUUUAUCUUUAACUAUUUUUUUCAAUAUAGGAACAAAUUAUCUUUAAGUAUUUUUUUUCUUUAUGAACAAAUGAAGCACAAGUGUAAAGUUCUCACAGGAAACAUGGUCUUAUUUAAACCAGUUUUUUUUAUUUAAAUAAUAAUUAUUAAAAUGUAUGUUUAUGUUUAAUGACUGUUUACAUCUCAGAUGAAGAAUUUUUUUUAAAUAUUGCUUUUAUGUUAAAAUUCUACUUUUGUGCUAUGGACACAACUGAGAAAGUUUUUGUUUUUUUCUUGUUUAUUUGUACAUAACAGAUGUCAUUAUUAUUAUUUUAAAAUAGCUAAAAUAUUAAAAAAAAUAAAUACAAGCUCUUUGCAAACCUUUUUCCUUUUCUUUCUGCUCAAUUAUUUUUUAACGAUUCCUCAGAUCUUCUUAGAACAGCUCAAAUAUGUUUCAAUUUAGCUAAAUAUGAAGUGUUGAAAUAUUAUUUUUACCUUAAAUAUUUUGUAGGAGUUAAAUAUAAUUUGAAUAUUUAUACGAGCAAAAAUCUAUUUAAGAUGUACUCU